AUACUACUGAAAAGGGCACGGAAUGUCGGUAGGCUAAAAAGCGUUACGAUAUGCCUUAUCAAUCUUAUAAUCUUAUCAGACCUUAAGGUGUUACUGAAGAUGUUGAAGGCUUGUGACGUCAGAUAACUCGUGUGUGUUUAUCCACGUCCACUAAAGAAUAGAAUAAAGCUGAAAUGACCAUAUAAGUAGAUCUACUGCUGAAUCCAACAUCAUAAGUCGUAGUAACUGAAAGGUUGUGAACAGUGAUAUUAUAAUGAAUACUACUAGAGAGACGGAAAGAAAACUGAUAUGUUUGUUCGUCGUAAAACGCCUUCAAUAUUUGAAGAUAAACCGAAAAAAAUAGUCUAGCAGAAAUAAACUACAAUAGACCCGAUGAAAUUAAUCAGAAUAAGGACACAAUAAAAAUAAGAGAGGAAAAAGAAAAAGAAAUAAAGAAAAAAGGAAUCAGAAACUUGGCCUGGACGACGCCAUGUCUGCUGGGUGUCAGAAGGCCAAGGGAGCGCUGGCUCUGGCGAUGCUGGUCCUGAGCGCGUGCGGCGUCCUCCCAGCCGGCGGCCAGGACAGCGGCGACCUCCCUUCGACCCGACUCGCUCCCCCGCCCGUCGGCGAUGUGUCGAGCGCUCCGCCCUCCGACCUGCGCUCAACCCGCAGCUCCUCUCCUCCUUCUACGCCUUCCUCUUCCUCCUCCUCCUCUUCUUCCCCUCCCCUUAAGACUUGCAGGAUGGGCUACACUGUAAAAGCUGACCUCCCGACGGAGGACGGCUACUACCACCACCAAACGUGCUUCUGGUGCUACCGCUUCACGCCCUCGCACCGGAGGAGGACUGACCUCGCCCUCAAGAAGGAGGUCGUCACGCUCUCGGAUGGCAGCAAGUGGGCCGAUUUCUUGUUCACGGUCGGGAACGAGUCCUUCCACUUCGAUGUCGACGACCCUGUGGCCUGGGGGCAUGUGCAGGACUCUCUCCACGACUCCCUGGAAGCGUCGAAGCUAGAGGGAUGCUGCAGGGACGCCCUCGCCUGCUGCGACGAGAUGCUCAGCGCCCCGCGGAGCGAGAGCGGCUCGUGCCCGCGCACCUGGGACGGCUGGCUCUGCUUCGGCGACGCCCCCCCCGGCGAGACCGUCUCCUUCACCUGUCCUCCUUAUGCCUACAAAAGCCGGUCGGAAUGCGCGCUGGAGGGAACCAAGACCUGCUGGGGGAACGGGUCGUGGCUGCAGAACGCGCGUGGGACCGAGAAGACCGAGUACGCCGACUGCAGCCACCGCAAGUACCACCUCCGGAACUACGCCUGGGAGAUCGCCAUGCACGCCGUGUCGGUCGCCGCCGUCGUGCCUGCCAUCUGCAUGAUUCUCUACUUCAGAGCCCUCCGCGUGCAGAGAUUUUACCUCCACCUCAACUUCCUCGUGGCGCUCCUCGGGAAGGCCCUCAUGAGCAUCCUGGACUUGGCGGUCCUGAGGAUACCCGAGUACUCAGGGGAAUCCAGCGUGAUGGACGACAACACCGCCGGCUGCAGGUUCCUCGUGUUCCUGACGAAGGUCUUCGGUCUCGCGGUGUGGACGUGGAUGCUCGCCGAGAGCCUGUACCUGCACCGCCUCAUCGUCGCUGCUCUGAGGGGCGGCGGGAAGACGUGGGCGUACCUGCUCGUGGGCUGGGUGCCGCCCUUCGUGCUCUCGGGGGCGUGGGCGGCGGCGAGGGGCAUCCUGGAGGACUACCAGUGCUGGCUCGGCGACGACCACGGCGACGCGAAGGACCUCUACCUCAUUACCGAACUCCCCAAACUCGUCGUUUUGGCGGUGAACACAGCUCUCCUAAUUAACAUGACCCGCGUGCUCAUGUCUCACCUCAAAAACACCAACACAGACGCAUCUACUGCAAACAGGAGAGCAGUAAAGGCCAGCACCUUCCUCCUGCCGAUGUUCGGACUCCAGUUCUUCAUCACCUUUUUCGUCCCGCCCUUCACAACGCCCUGCGCUGGCAUGCAGGCUUAUGUAUUCAUAGCAACUGCGAUCGAUGGCCUGCAGGGACUUUAUAUUUCUGUUGUGUACUGCUACAUGAACAACGAGGUGCGGAUACAGGUGCGUCGUUCCACCCACUACAUCUGGCACCGACUUCCGACAAGUGCUCCCGACGUCACCUACGAUCGGAGGACCGACGCCAGCCACAUCCACAGUGGCGCUGGGGUGUCGGUCGCGACGAUGGCAUCCACGGUUGACUGAGGGACUGUCGAGGGCGACCUCAGUUGUGGGAGGAAGUGGAACCGCAGGAAGAGAAACGAAAUCUGCUGUGUUUUUUUCACCCCUCCCCCACUGCGUUGUUAUGAAGGGAAACACGAAUACUGUUUCUUUUCCUUUUUUUCGUGCUUUAUCCCACGUUUACUGUGAGGUGAAACACCGCCAUGGCACGAAGAAACAUAUGAAGGCUAACAUGUUUCGUUUAAAUGUCUCCCUCACGACGCUGGCAAUUAAAACAACCGCAUUAUUAGUAUGAGAAACACGACAUCCACGAGGGCUUUUCACACUGCUGUUCCGUGAAGCCUCCUGGUUUUUCGUCUUAUUUUGAGAAAAAAUGCCCUUAAUUUGCCGCCGUCCGCUGGCCCAAAACAACGGAUCGUGUUGCAACUUUUGUAUUAUUUUUCGGCUGUUGUCAUUAUUGUGUCUUGCUUUGGUCCUCCCUCACUCAAAAAAAUAUAGCAGAUCUAUAAUGUAAUCAAUCCUCAUAAUUAGGAUGAACCGAUGUGAAAUAAUGAUUAGCCCUUAAUUGGUUUUAGUAGUGUAAAGACAUGAUUUUUUUUUUUUUUUUUUUUAAAGAAGGAACGUUUUGAAUAUUUUGGCGAAAGACUGUUGGUAGCAAAGCGUUUGUUAUUCUACAGUCAUGUAAUAUAUUAUAGAUGGCUUUUUGAAGCUCCAUAUGAGAUAUUAUACUAGUGACAGUGCAAUGACUUUUUGCUGUUUAAAUGUACGUGAGUGUAUUUGUGUUUGUGUGAAUGUGUGUGUAUGCGUGUAUGUUUGUUUGUGUGUGUGUGUGUUAACAGGUCAGUACUUGCUUAUAGUUAAGGAUGAACUUAUCAUUGCAUUUAACUGUACAAUCAUAUAUGUUUACAAAUAUCUAUUAACACCUUUUUAUAUGAUUAUCAGGUGCAUCCCUUAAAUUUUAUGCCAUAGAAAUUUUCCAAACCUGUUUUUAUUCUGUUUCCCUCCUAUAUUUAAAUAAAAUCAUUAUAACAUAUUAAAACAA